GUUGCUCUUUUGUGUGUGGUAUCGUAACAGCUUGGCUAGAGUGCUGCCUUUGUUACUCUUCUCUGUGCAUUUUGUUGGCUGGCAUUGUGUGGACUUCCACCGGGCUGCCUCGACAACAUAGUUCUUCACAGGCACCUGUCAAGUCUCUUUUUUUGGGGGGGUGACUGCCCGAAGUCUUGUAGAACGUGCUCAGUCUUACGUUAAUAUCGGUUGAAAGUCGAUACGUGUGGAGGAAGUUUAUGUGUGCGAAGGAAGGAAGGGAAACCAUGUCGGAACGGAAACAGUCAGGCGCUCGAAAGCUGGCUCGCGAGGCUGCCAUCCAGAUCGCCUCUGGUGGAUCGGCUGGCUUCGUCGAGAUAUGCCUCAUGCACCCUCUGGAUGUGGUCAAAACGCGCUUCCAGGUGCAGCGUAACACUGCUCCUUCGCAGGAACGCUACCGCUCUAUCGCGGACUGCUUUCGACGCAUGAUGCGUUCCGAGGGCUUCCUGGCCAUAUAUAAGGGCAUCCUUCCGCCGAUCUUGGCAGAGACUCCCAAGCGGGCGGUGAAGUUCUUCACUUUCGAGCAGUACAAGAAGGUCUUCUCCUUCGGUGCCUCGACACCGACACCCGUGACGUUGUCGCUCGCUGGCCUCUUUGCCGGCUUCACGGAAGCCAUUUUCGUCAACCCUUUCGAAGUGGUGAAAGUUCGUCUGCAGACAGAUCGCGAAGUGGUUACGCGUCAGCCGAGCACUUUCGCUGUUGCCAGGGGCAUCUAUCGCGAGGCCGGAUUUGGGCUGCGUGGGUUGAACCUGGGGCUUACAUCUACGUUGGGGAGGAAUGGUGUCUUCAACAUGGUCUACUUCGGAUUCUACUUCUCCGUGAAGGAGCACCUGCCCAAAACUGAAACUGAAGCAGCAAACUUUGCAAUGCGUUUGGCCACGGGAUUUGUUGCCGGUACGGGAGCGUCGAUGGUGAACAUUCCGUUCGAUGUGGCCAAGAGUCGAAUCCAGGGGCCGCAGCCUGGGGGUCCGGGCACGAUCAAGUACAGGAGCUGCUUGCAAAGCAUGCGUCUUGUGUAUGUUGAAGAAGGGUUCCUGGCCCUCUACAAGGGCUUGCUGCCCAAAGUCCUGAGGCUGGGACCCGGUGGUGCUGUCAUGCUGGUGGUGUACGAACACAUGAACGAGUUUCUUCGAAGCAAAUUUCCGGGAUAGCUUUUAAACAUCCCUCCUAUUCUUCUUGGCGUUAAAAGGCGAAUGACAUGCUACGUAUAGCAUACAGUACUUCUCAGUUAACUGCAAGCCAGUUUUUCUAAUAUAACCGAUUGUCUUUCCAUAGGAUUACCCUCUGCUGUAACGUUCCUAGUUGGGGGGUUGCAAUUUCUUGUCCGUCAUUUCGCUGCUUGCGUUAAUUUUCGUUGCCAAGUUUUGUCUUCAAUUGAUUGCUUUGUGGAAUGGAAACCAGAAGCACAACCUGCUACUAUACUACAGACAGCCUACUACUGUACUGAAGACACGGAAAUAUGGCUAUAUUAUUAUAUUAUAAAUAAUUAAUAUAAUUAAUAAUAAUUAAUAUUAUUAUAAAUAAAGACCUGGAAAUGCGGCUAUUGCCUAUGUGAGAGCCGGGUCAGGUUAGUUACGGUGGUGGCGGUAGGGGAAAGGAAUGACGUAACACUCUAUUACACCAAUCCCACCAUGAUUUGUCCGCUACAUAGCCUGCUGCUUGCUAUGCAAGUUCUACCCUCCUCUUUGUCAUAAACAUGCUCAUGGUAGCGUUAUGUGUGCAGGUGAACGGCAGGUGUUUGGAAAUUGCACGUGCAAACAUGUUUUACCUGGGAAGGUGUUGUAGUCAUGUACCAGAAAUGUAUGUGUGAUGUAGUAAUGAAGUGAAUUUUCGAUGGUGCCACCAUACAUCAUCAGCUCAGUUUUGGCAAAUCAGAUGAUGUAAAGUACUAACUGUUCUGAGGCAAAAACACGCACAUAGACAAAUGCAACACGAGCUUCAAGGUGCCUAUUGCAAGCUGCCAUAUUUCAGUUGCACGCGAUAAGGAAUAGUGCCUGCUGUAGCCCCAAAUCCCAUAGCGAAGUAGUGACCGCAAGAACUACUACCCCCAGCGCUGGGAGCUUUGCGUGCGUCCAGCUUCGUAGUAUGAUAGUAGGUCGUGACCUGAAGUUACCACCAGUGACAUCAUAAGUGCAGAAAUGUUCUCUACGGAACUACAAAUAUAAUUAUAAAUAAUUGGUUGCAAAUUUAAUUGAUGUCUUCUGCACAGUCACUCUGAGCAUCAUGAGAAAGAGCUCUGGUUUUGGUCCACACUGUUGCUUUAAAUAGAAAGUAUCAUAGGGCAUGCCAUGCUCCAUAGGGAAUGUGUAUAAUGCAUCAGCGUGAAAACACAUCGCGAUUAUUAAGUCGAAUAAGAUCGGCAUAGCUUACCACGAUAUCUACUGCCAGCAACAACAUCUGCCGUGGCACUCUAAAUAGCCCCUGACUCAGAAAAAGAAGAGAUAAAUGGUGUCAAGUUCCUAAUUCUUUUGAGAGCAGGAAACCUUCAUAACAUGCCAACAUUCAGGAACACAUGCCCUGUACUGUGCAUCCUAUGUGAUGCUGCUGUAGCACACCACUAAAGCCUUGGUCUUUUUUUAUGGACGGGGAGCCACAACAAAGGGAAACACCCCCAGGUGCCCCUUGUAACAGAUAACUAUAAUAUGCUCGACAUACUGAAAGGGCUAAGAUAGAUGACACAGACACCCAAGUGUCAGACAGACGGUGCGCUGUUUUCAACAGUGAGUUUAUUUGCACAACACACCAGGAUUUCACCUGAAAGGAAAACCAGCUCCUUAUCUGUUAAGAGAACAGAUGGCACGCUGAUGCACCUAUCUCCCCCUUUGUCGAUCAGCAAUGAUUCAAAAAUUUCACUUUCUUGUUUCCUAUAAUAUGCUGCCAUGCAAAAUUUGCUACAGUUGACCUUCAGCUUCUGAUCCCAUUAAUUAAAACGUCCCUUUAAGUCCAACAUACAUGCACCCAUACAACUAGGAAUAUUGCAGCACAGGUUUAACCUUCUCUUGUUCUGUAGAAGAAAAAGACAUUUGCAGUUAGUGAACUUGAUACACAGUGCACAUGUAACUUUUAGACUUGCAGCUCUUGCCAUGUGUAUGCAUGUUGAGUUUUCCUUUUCUUUUUUUUUUGCACAAUUGGUGGUGAAUGAAACUAUGCAGUUGAGGCCAAUGUUUAUCAGGUUUGGCACAGCACAAAUGUCACUGUAGAGACACUAAAUUUUCUGCAACAUUUUGAAUUUCAUUGUCAAGAGGACGUGUAAAAUCAUACCAUAUGCUAUUCACAAACAUACAUUUUUGUGCAAUAGUUUGCAACAUGGCCUGACAUUGCUGAGGAGAAGGAUUAUGUAUCACAUCUCGUUUCUCUUGGAGUGAUGACUGCUUAUAAGUGAAAAAAAAAAAAGCUCUAAAAAUCAUGAAUCAUUUUCAUCAUCACAAUUAUUUCAUGAUGUCCUACGUGGAAAAAAUCUUACUUUGUGGACUGUGGGCAUUUGACACAGGGCCAAGCAAGCACAAAGGAUUAGUGUGCAUAGUUCUUUUGUUUCUCUAAUGUUUCAUUUGUUUAUGUGCAAUAGAAUUAUGAUGUAAAAAGAUAUUUCGCAAUCUGCAAGCUUGCACACAGGAUGGAUGUUGAUAUACGUGUGAUUCUCUGCAGCUUGAUGUUCCACUUUUUUUGUUUUAUGGCAAGGUCAGCUGCUUAUGGGAUCAUUUUGAAUACAGUUCCUGUGCCUGGCGCUAGUUCAGUGGGUUAUGUUGUUGAUGAUUCGGUCGUACCUGUGUUGUUUGUGCAAUUCAGAUAUGUAAGCUGCUAUUUUGCAUGUAAGUUUUUUGUGAUUACCAUGGAAUUUGUUGGAGGGUCAGACAUAGUUCAAAUGUUGACAUAUAUUUCUCCUUCUUUCUGUUUGUUAUUUCAGCUGUUUGAUACAGUGCUUUUAUACGUCAUGUACCCGAUGUACAUAAAUCAUCGGGUGAUGGUAUCUGUAGCAUGUUUACUGCGUGCAUUACUGCUUAGAUUUGUUGAAUUAAAUAUUUUACUUACUCGUUUGA